AUAUAUAAACAUCGAUAUACACGUUUUAUAAAAAAUAUUAGAUUAAAAAAUAAAUACACAAAAGCAUGUUUUUAAGUACUGAUAAAUGGUCAGGGGUCUAUAACAGUACACCCUAGUAUCUAGGGCAGUAACAUGCAUAGAAACAAGCACAAGAGGAACAUAUUCUUUUUAAGUAUUGAACAAUUCUAUUGUAUUACAUACUGCAUGACAUGAUCAUUAGGCCCCAGCAGUUAGAUCUCUUUUAUUUGGCAACAAUCUUAAAAGUCACAUGGUCCUCUCAGCUGUCCCAAGCCUCCACUAAAUGAAGCAAGAUGAUCUCGAUGUGCUCUGCUGGAAGUCGGCCAGUAGCAGCAUAACAUAACCAGCCGGGGUGAGUGUCCAAUAACAGGCCUCUCAGCACAGCCUGUGCUUUAAGCCUGCAUUAAAUCAUACACGUGCUGGUGUCAAUGCUCUAAGAACAGUAACACUCAGACAAAGGCUGCUUGAUUAUUUUAUGACGCAUCUCAUCAGCAUGUUCAUCUUACAUGUCUGGUUUAAAUGUGUAAACUGAUUUGUCUGCUUUCUUGCCUGCAGGCUAAGCAAUAAAACGUACAGGAGACAUCACAACCACUGCCAGUACUGGGCUCUGUGCCAUCAAAUCUGAACCCACUCACCAGAACUGGCACCAAGGUGGCAUGCAUAUACAAUGAAGAAAGGAAGCGUCUUCGCCUCCGAGCGUGGGAACAGAGGAACCAAGAAACAAGCCAAGACAAAGAACUCAACCCUGAGAAUGUGCCACUCUUUGGGCAACCAUACAAGACAAACAAAGGGGAUGAUCUUUCCAAUCGAAUCCAGAGGAUGCUGGGUAGUUAUGAAGAUGUGAAUAAUCCCUGUCCCUUAGCCAUUGAGCCUUUACCCAUUCCUACUUGUGUAACCUCCUCACAGUCAGAUCAGGCUCAGCAAAACACAGAUAAACCAGCCAAGCCUCCAUUCCGUAACCAAGUCCACAUGUCCAUCCAAAGUCAGAAAGCUUGUAACAGUAACUCUUCUCAGCCCAUGAGGACGUCCACUGCCCCUUCUUCUUCUAACCAACAUGGACAUUCAUCCACUUUCUCAAAUCGGUCCUUAAACCGCAGUCAGCUCGGCCUAUCGGCACAGCAACAGAGGAACAGUGAAGCCCACUCAGAUCUCAGGGAUUGUGUCAGCCUUCCCCAGGAAAUGUUUUAUCAUUCUCCUGAUUCCAAGCGGCCACCCUUCCCACAUUCCACUGACCAUGAUAACAUUGACAUGGGCACUAGGGACACCUUUGAUAGACUUCAAGUUCAAGGGUCCACAGUUCACCACUCUCAGGCUGACAUCGCCAUGGAUGUUCCCACAUUUGACCUGAAACAGUCCCCCAAAGAUUCAUCUCUGCCUCAAGCAAACAAGGGUAACGCACUCCCUUCCCAGGCUUUCCCUUCACUCUUGUCGUCGAAGCCGCCCAGCGUAGUCAUGACCCAGAAGCCAACAGCGUAUGUGCGGCCCAUGGAUGGUCAGGACCAUGUGGUCAGCGAGUCGCCUAAGCUGAAGCUUUCCCCAGAGCCAUAUGUACCUCUACCGGAGAUAAUCAACAAAUCUGCACUGGGAAAAACAAAGUUGCUGCCACAAUUUUUGGAGACAGGGACGGAUGAGGUUCAGUGUGUCGAGGACAUCUUGGGGGAAAUGACCGACUCAUGGCCUCCUCUCCUGACAGCCAUACACACACCGACCUCAGAUGAACCGUCCAAGUCUCUGUUCCCUGCAAAGGAAGCAGAGACUCUCUCUUCAUGUCCAGGACAAAAAAAGUAUGAGUCCUCUCCAGCAAAUCCAUCCCAGCUCAUCCAGCAGAGCUCAUCAUCAUCGCUUGAAGCAGCACAUUCCCAAGGGGUAGAGCCUGCUAGCUCCAGCGACUCAGAGUGUAGCUCAAGGUCAGAGUCGGACAGUGAAAGCACCAUCAAGGAGCCGACUCAACCCUCUGUGAGCAUCUCCAUCAAAAUCGAGCCUGAUCUUCCAGCAGUGACCCAUGUUGAUUGGCAGCUAGGGAACUGGAUCAGGUCCAGCCAGCAGAACUCCAGCACCGAAGGUCAAAGUUGUUCCCAUGCCUCUGAAAGCCCCGCUCAAAAGCGGCCACCGCCCACUCAAAGCUCCCAGCACCCACUCGGUGCAGAGGUGGUCGACCCCAACAGAGAGUGCAAACCCUCUUCUUCUCACCAGAAAGAGUUGACCCAGCAUCACAGUGAAAACCCUCAGGACAACUAUAACCAUCAAAGUGGUCAAAAAUCCCCCUUUGCUGGUUUGAAGAUCUCCAGGACACUCUUAUGCAACACACACUCCUCAAAACCAGCAGCUGCAGGUUGCCCAGAUCGCACUAUAGCAGCUAUCAACGUGAAGUGUGGGGAAGUGGGCGAUACGCGAAACAUAGACCCCUGUUUUACAGAUAGGCCCAGGGUUAAGACGAAAGUAGGACAUGGCCAAAAAAGCAAGAACAGCAGUGAGACGAAAAGAGGCAGUAAGAGGCCUUCUAAACACACGUCACUUGACAAGCGGAAGACUGGAUCAGAACCUGAAGUCACUGUGGUGCUGUGUGGUCAUUGUCCAUCUUGUGGUGUUCGAUAUCCUAACCCUUGCUCCUGCCCCACCAAAAGUCCUGCUCAGGCUGACCAGCUGACACCCACCCCGCCACUUAGAGUCAGUUGUAGCAAACCAAAGUUGGAGACCCUCUGCCAGAAGGGAUCCAAGGUUCUUCACAAAACAAGCAAAAAGCACUCGGAGAAAACUGGUCUCACAGUCAAGAGUUCUCGGGACCCCCAUAAGCCUUUUAGCUCCCUGCUAGUGAAGAUUGAUCUGAGUUUGCUCUCAAGAAUCCCCUGGACCUGCAACAACCACAAGGAGAAACCCAACAAUGCAAAGAGAUCAGCACUGGUCAUAGAGCAGCAUGCCGGGGCCGGUGAUGCUUCUACACCACACAAACUCACCAAAAGCAGCAAAAGGAGCAUAUCUCAAAAUGUCGAUGGAGACAAUUCAACUCUUCCCAGGAAGAAACAGAGGCUGGAAAACAAGAAUACCUCAUCAAGUCAUGCUGCUGUCAAACAGGAAUGUUCCAGCAACUCAAAAGCAGACGGAGAGCGAAAGAAAAAGGCUGAGAAAAAACCUGUUCCUGUGCAGCAGCCUCUGACACCCAAAGGCACCGCUGGAGUUCCAAAGGGGGACAAACGCAGGUCUGCGGCGCCCCAGGAGUCCAGCAAGGAGGCAGUUAAGAGCAAGGACUCCCGGAAGCAGAAGAAGAGCGGCGGAAAGCUUGCCGAACAACAGCACUUUGAAAAGCAGAAGCCCCCAAAGAGCACCCUUCCUGUCCCAUCAUCUUCACAGACCCCCAGGGGAGCUUUGAGCAAAAGGCCUUUGCUCAGAGUUGAGGAGAGGCAGUAUCCAGUGAAGCAUUACAUAAAAGAGGCCAAAAAACUCAAGCACAAAGCAGACGCAGAGUCAGAUAAGCUCAUUAAAGCGUUUAACUACCUGGAUGCGGCCAUGUUCUUUGUUGAGAGCGGUAUCGCCAUGGAAAAAGAUCCACACAUCUCAACGUCUUCCUACACUAUGUUAGCGGAAACAGUGGAACUGCUCAAGUUUGUACUGAAACUGAGAAACUCAGUGGAUGCCUCUGCUGCUCCCGCAGAAAAAGACUGUUUUGCUUUAUGUCUGAAGUGCCAGUCCCUCUUGCAGAUGGCAAUGUUUCGCCACAAACACAAAAUUGCACUCAAGUAUUCAAAGACCCUCACGGACCACUUCAGUAACUCAACAACUCCCGACCCUCCUGUGUUAACACCAAAAGUCACACACACCCCGUCCUACAUGCCCAACAUACCUUCUCCAGCCAACACGCCCAGCAGCUCAGGUCCCGGCUCCAGCCACAGCGGGUUGGUGGCGGACCCUGUCGGCGGCACUGUGGCGGUUCCUCAGGCCAUCGGACAAGUGGCGUUCACCUACAUCAACAUCACUACAUUAGUUUUAAGCGCUCAUGACGUCUGGGAGCAGGCUGAGGAGCUGUCCCAGAAAGGCAGCGGGUUGCUGGCAGAGCUGGACUCAGCCCUGGGGGCAUUAAGCCUGACUUCCAGUAUGAGCUCUGUGGUCCGCUAUACGAGACAGGGCAUCCACUGGCUGAGGCUGGACAGCCAAAAGGUAAAGUGACCAUCCACCGGCUCUCAGUGAAUACCUGCGGACCCUCUGUGCUGCCCCUCUCUACCUUUACCUCACCUCAGUGUGUCACACUCUGAGCUGGACUGCCCCUCAGGCUGGUGCCAGGCUUCUUUACUUCACAUGGACUUUAUCCCAUCACAUGUGCUGUGUUCCUGAGAGCACACUGAACAUUGCACUUGUUAUUUAUUGUUUUCUCUCAUGUCCACUCCUGCGUCUCUCUUUCUCUCUGGCACUUUUAUGACUUUUUGUUACAUCUGUGGUUAUCCAUACCCUUCAUGUAUUGUUCUGUCUUCCUGUUCCUGUUCAUGUGUUUGAAUCAUCUCUUUAUUCAGGUGUGACCUUAACUAUAUUCAGAUGGGAGCACAUCGAAUGUAACCUAAAGUGCCGUUUGGUGGCAGCCGCAGCCUCGUGCAAGUCCUGACACAAAUCUGGUUUCUCAUCAGAACCUUUUUAACUUUAAAGAUUAAUGUUACUAUAAGGCACUUAAAACAUUGUUAAAAGUAUCAUGAUUGUUAUUUAAUUACUCUCAAAAUGAGUCAGUUUGCAUUCUGCAUUUUAUUUCCCCAACAAAUCAGUGGGGAUUACUGCGGUAUAGAAGGAGGAGUGCUUUCCAGAACAAAGACACGUCUGAGCAAGAGGAAUAAGGUUUUGUAUUAUGAUGGCUAAGGCUCAGCAUCAGAAGUGAUCUUUCUCAGGCUGAUUAUGACAAUUACUGACCUGUUUGUCAAUCCUAAGCAGACUGGUAUUAUUCUUAUCACCUAGCUAAAAGAAUUGCACUUGUGCCCUCUAAUGUAAGUCAUAAAACACUAAGUACAGUUAACAUUGCAAGAACAAAAAAAGGGGCAAUCAUUUUUCAUAUUGGAUUAUUUCUGGUUAUAGUGUUGAAGUAGUGGUUGCAUUAGCUGAGUUUGAGUUACCUUUCAAGUAUAGUGGGACAGCCACAUUGUUCAACAGAUGAAAGUACAGUAGUGAUCCCUUUAUUUGUUUUUGCACCAGGAAGCUGCUUUUCUGUUUCCCACACGUUUAUUGAUUAGCAAAUGUUGAGUUGCAAUAAGUUUACUAAAUGUGUGCGAGUAGAAUAAAAGGCCGAACUAUAGCUUACCACAGAAUGCACUUUGUUAAGUAUUUGGCAGGACUGCGCUAGUCUUUACUCUUGUUUAUUGUGACUUUGAUCCUAAAAAAUAAAGCUUGAGUUUUGUUGGUACACGUUUUUAUUGAGGUGUUGACGUUGUUAUCACAAGUUAGCAGGGAUACUAAAAUAAUCAGUAUGAAAUAGUGAUGCAGUAAAAGAAACACUGCUUUUGAUUAACGCAUUUUGGCUUGUUAAUUCAGUCUGUAUGUCUUUGUGCUAUUACAUAUCAAAAAGGGCUGAACGAGGAUCACCACGUGUUCAUGAAUUUACAUUGUUGCAUAAAGUGUCGCAACAUUUUUUAAAGUAAGUAGCAAGGUCACUGGUGCCAUGGCAUUUGGGAUUCUUUUAUGUAUAGAUCUUCAGCAGUAAGGGGUUUCUUCCCGCAGACGCCUACACUGCACAGAAGGUCAUGAUGCAACUUCAGCUGUUCUGUCUUUUCCAACCUGUGGCUUUAUUUUUCCAUCAUCUUCGGUUGUUCAUGAGUUACUCUGCAACAGUUUACACUUGUUUAUUGUUCAGAAAAGGUUUAGAAGGCUUGUCCCCUUUUUUGUAAAAUAUGUAAUACAUUUUUGUUGCAGUGUACAAAGAUGAAUAAACACUGGAAAUCGUU